UCCUUGCGACAAGACCUAAGGCUUCAUUUGCUACUGCUUCGAUAACAGGGGGUUGACCGCGCGCGCGCCACAGGAACACAUCGAGCGAACGAUACAAGUAUCGCCGCGCGAAAUCGCUUCCUUUAUCCAGUACUGGUCGUCCUUCGCGGUUAAAACAGCCGCAAGAGUAAAAGAAAUCGAGCGUAUGCGAUCGCGCGCCAAAUUGAGUCGAAUUGGAAUAUACACAGUGAUCAAAGUGACACGUCGGGAACACUUGUUCGUUAUACUUCUUCGUGUUACCAGAACAAAGUUUUUGUCAAAGUUUUUAUAAAGAUAAAGGGAAACGUGUAUGAUCGAAUUGGUCAUAUUGACUAAUAAUAUUAAGGUUGAUCGACGGAUUUGAGUUGAUUAAUUUGUUACAUUAAAGGAAUGUGGUAAUCAAGUUCCGCUAAUAUCGUGCUGUCUCAUGGGAUAAUGGAUCUGUCGCGUGGCGAGGGUCGAUGGACAAUAGGCCCGGCAGCUUGACGGGUCUUGUGACAAGCUACUCCAGCGACGGAUCACAAGGCUACUAUGUGGUACACACGCGCGUUAAUCGCGCGAGAUCGAUCUUUCCAACUUUUCAACAAGUUGUAACGCAUCAGGUACGCCGGUUAAUUCUUCCCUCGGAGAACGAUUAUUCGUAUUCGGAUUCGGAUUGUGCUACUUGUGUGUGCGUGUGUACUCGAAAGAAGCGCGGACCGGGGGUGGAGUAUUUUAUCGAUACCCUUCGUAUGACCCGGAAGAAUCGUAGGACGAUGUUUCUGUUUUGAGUUGUAGUGAAUCAUUGAUGAAAGAAAAAGUUUCUCGGUGACUUUCGAUAGCGAGCAAGAUUAACGAGUUGUUAAUUGAUCAAGAAAAAACAAUUUUCAACAACGUUCUUCAAACCGGCAUCCCUUAGAAACCAUUAGAAAACUUUGGAAACAAUUUUUUUGGUGAAAAUUGUGUAACGUGGUUUGACGAUCGUCAAAGCUUCGACUGUUGCAGCGUUCUCAGAGAAGCGAUUGACUGUGGAAAGGAACAGGUGGUGAGCAACGCGAAACUCCUGAAAAAAAGAAGAAAGGGGUUACGUGAAGUUGCUGCAGAAACAACUGAAGAACCGUGCGCGUGGUGACGAGGACGCACGUGCUAACGCGGGACAGAGCGAGCCAGAGAGAGUGAAGUAAAGGAAGAGGGUGGUGGCAAUCGACGGAUGAGAGUUUGAGUCGCAGAAAGUGGUUUGGAGUAGAGACUGGCGCGAGUUAGCUCGGCGAAAAGAGAGGUGGAGGAGCGUCGGAAGCACGGAGCCGGCUAGAAGAGGAAGCUUCGCUGGGAAAAAGAAAAAAAACUCGAAUCGGUAGCACGGGUAGCCCGUGGCUCUCCGUGUGCUUCAUCGUUGUGCAAAAGGGGGAUCGUCGUUUCAAAAGGAAAAGGACAACUUGUGUGCAUCGUCGAGGGAGAAGAAGGAGAGAGAUAGAGAAGGGAGAAAAGGGUGAAAGGAGAGACGUGUGUCGUUGACGUGACUACGAGUGACGUGACGUGACGUGACAUCGAGGCGUCGAGAUGCUCCUGGAUGAGAUGGCCGCCUCCGUUCACACGCUCCUGUCAUUUCUUCUCGUCCUCGGUGCUUGUACGCUGUGCCGCGGCAGGAUCACGAAUCAGGAGAUAGGGAACAAGAAAGAAUACGGAGAACGACCGAGAGGUUCGAGAUAGCGGGAAAUCAUAAAGCGAUCGAACGGCAUAUAAUGUGUCCAGAUUGCUAAUAUUGGAUGACAAUGAUAGAUGCGGAAGCAGUGGCAGGUGGAACUGCUCAGUUACCAUGCGACGUGGAACCGCCAGUCCCUGGAGACAAGUUGCAUCUAGUUAUUUGGUACAAGGAGGAAGCAGACGCGCCGAUAUACAGUUUCGACACAAGGACGCAAAGCACCCUGGAACAAGGGAAACACUGGCAGGAUAUCAGCCUCGACAAACGUGCCUUCUUCAAAUACUCGGAGAAACCCGCGAAACUCAUCCUCGAGUCUGUCCGUGAGAGUGACGCCGCCGUUUACAGAUGCAGGGUCGAUUUCAAGCAAUCCCCGACCAGGAACAGCAAAGUCAAUCUCACGGUGAUCAUACCACCGGAGCAGCUUAGCAUAUUGGACGAGAGCGGAAGGUCUCAUAUUCCUUAUUACGUGCUCGGCCCGUACAGCGAGGGUGCCUCUCUGAAUAUUACCUGCGUCGCUGCUGGUGGUCGGCCACAACCACGUGUGACGUGGUGGCAAGAAAAUGCUCUCCUCGACGACACUUACGAAACCGUCGGCACUAAGAGGGUACGGAACGUGCUGCGAUUAGAAAAGCUGGGUCGCGAACACCUCGGCGCGAUUUUGACCUGCCAGGCGUCCAACAACAACAUGGUCACUCCUAUUUCCAGCUCUGUCACGCUCAAUAUGAAUCUGAAACCAUUGUGGGUCCGCAUGCAAGGAGAGAAUCGUCCAUUUAGCGCAGGCACUACGUACGAGAUCGGCUGUGAGAUAGUUGGAGCGAGACCAAAUCCGAAGAUCACGUGGUCGAAAGGAAGUUUGAUGCUGAGGAACGCCAGACAGACGAUGAGCCCCGACUCCAACGUCACCACCAGCAUUCUCACGUUCGUACCGACUAUCGAGGACGCUGGCAAGUUCCUCUCCUGCCACGGCAGCGUGCCGGAUAUCCCGGAUUCCGAGAUGGAGGACGGAUGGAAGCUCGAUAUACACCACGAACCGGUGGUUAUGCUCGAGCUUGGGAGCAAUCUGAACUUGAGCGCAAUCCGCGAGGGUAUCGACGUUUAUUUCGAGUGCAACAUCAAGUCGAAUCCGUGGGUUUACAAAGUCUCCUGGCGGCACAACGGCAAUCCGCUGUAUCAUAAUCCAGCGACAGGAACCAUAAUCAGUAAUCAAAGCCUAGUAUUGCAAAGCGUAACACGAAGCAGAGCUGGGAUCUACACGUGUAUUGGCAGCAACCAAGAAGGCGACGGAGAGAGCAAUCCUCUGAAUCUGGACAUCAAAUUCACUCCAGUCUGUCACCACGGUCAGGUAAAGGUGUUCGGUGUGGCACGACAGGAAACCACGAGGAUACCGUGCGAGCUGGAGGCAAAUCCACCGGAAGUAACAUUUACGUGGAAGUUCAAUAACACAAUGGAGGCGAUCGACAUACCACAGGCACACGUCACCAGCGAACGAACACGUUCCACAGCCUCUUACACACCGAUGACAGAGUUGGACUAUGGUACUUUGCUUUGUUGGGGCACCAACGAUCAGGGUACCCAGCUCGAGCCCUGUGUCUACCAUAUUGUGCCGGCUGGUCACCCAGACACGCCACACAAUUGCUCUCUUCUGAACCAGACAACGGACUCGCUAUACGUGGAGUGCACAGAGGGGUUCGACGGUGGUCUGCCGCAAAAGUUCACGAUACAGGUGGACCGUGAGGUGGGAACCAGCAGUACGUCGUCGAAACCGAGCACGACGGUCUACAAUCAAACGAGCAAAGUACCGUCUUUUUCGGUGAGCAACCUCGAGCCUGGCACCACCUACGAUGUACACAUAUACGCGAGCAACAGCAAAGGCCGCAGCGAGACGGUUCACUUCCGUGCAACUACGCUGAAUCUACCCGAAAGGCGAACAGCAGGUGAGAGGCUGGCGCAACCUCCACCCCCGGAGAAUUGUACAAUCAGGGAAGAGAGUCGGACAACGGUCAGGGUGAGCUGCGCCGAGAGCGAGUACAUCGACCCGCGCACUGCCACCUAUGUGCUGCAAGUCUUCGACGCAGACACCAGGCGCCUAUUGGCGUCCGCGACUAGCAUGACGCCUAGCAUGCUCGAGAUCACCGAUCUACCAGCGGAGAGGAGUUACUCAGGACUGGUUCUCUCGCUGAGGAUCAUGACGGAGCACGCGAUGAGCGACGCCACGGUUCUUCACAGCCCGCACUUUGUUCAGGAGGGUAAGACACAGGAGCAUCAACGAUACCCAGCUCUGACACCGGUGAUGCUGUCGCUGUCUGGACCAUUGCUCGGUGCGGUGGUCGGAGCAACGGCGGGCCUUCUACUCGUGAUCUUUGUGAUAGUUUUGGCUGUGAGAUUACGGUAUCGACCAAGGACUCAGGAGGACAAGGAUUCUCACGACGACGGCGGCAUGGCGAAUCUAGCCGCGUCCGGAACCGGCAGUUCCUCUCCACGUGAUAAAUCGUCGACUCUGCCUCUCAACUCUGACAGCAUCGAGAGCUUCGAGAAGGACCCCGAUAUAAUUCCUCACGCUAAUGAAAAUUCUUACGCCGAGCUGUGCAAGGGCACUUCACCAAGAUAUGUGUUACACCAGCAACGAACGGAUGCAAGUACUUUUACUAACACAAGCAAUGGAUCAGAGCUAACGUACGCCGAGCUGUCGCUCCGUAACCGACGAAUACCUCCUAAUUGUUAUCAGCCAGUACAAGUAUCCAAUAUUCAGCGGCCUCAACUGCUGGCCAUGUCGACUCUGACGCGUAGGCAACCAAUCCAGGAACCAACGAUUUACGCGCAAGUCGCCAGUCAUUCUAAGCCGAUUUAUGUACCACCCCCACAUCCGUACAUGAGUCGCACCAACGACGAGACCACGGUAGAAACUCCAUUAAUCGGACAUGACAAUAAGAUCACCACGAUCAGCCAAUCUGGUACCUCAAUAUGGCGUACCGACACGCCGCCAGCUUCAAACGCACCAACGACAUGAUUCUAAAACACGAUCAAAGCAACAUUCCGCUCUUAUACACGUUUCUCGACGCGCUCUUUAAUUAUAAAAAAGAAAGAUAAGUUAACCUCUUUAAUAAGAGAAACAAGAAAAAGAAACCAAAAGAAAAAAUCGAGGAGACGACGUUCCGCGUAGCUCGUUUGCGUGGAACGUGUACGAUAUGUAUUAUUGUUAAACUUUCUCGUACAUAUGUUACAGAAGGUAUUUAUUAAACUAUGAACGAUGAAAGAUGAAAGUAAUUUAACAAAGGAAAAAAACAUACACAUACACAAAUAUUUGCGUGAAGUAUAGUACGAAUAUAUUAUAUAUGCUUUCCGAAUGAUUUGUGAUAGAGUUGUUAUGUAAAUCGAGCGAGAACGAUCACGAUUUUUCGAUAUAUCAUCGGGAUAUCGUGAUUCUCGAUACAUGUUUCGAAUAAUAUUCUGUUUGGCGGGUAAAACAACAGACGGCGCAGCGAUCGGCAGUAAUGGUUCUAAUGAUCGAAGAGCGUGAAAUUGGCGGGCCCUAUUAAACCGUCCGUAAAAGAAACAAAAGAAAGCAUAAAGGCAUCAAAGAUUUGAAAAAUCUCGCAAAAUGUCAAGUUUAAGAAAAUUAAAAAAAUGUUCUCGAAAUUCAGAAAUUUCAGCAACUUUUAUGAUUCGAAGCUCUGAAUAAUUCAUAUAAAUAACUUACGAAAACAUUAAUUAUGAAUAAAACGAUAUAAAUUUAUUUAUAUCUAACCAAUAAUAAUCCAAUUAAGUGUGUGUUUUUUAGACUUUAAAAUCGUUUCAUUACAAAUUAUUAAAAACUUAAUUUGUUGGUUUCUUUGUUAACAUUUUAAUCCCUGACAAAAUAGAUAUUUCUUAUUAGAGAAGAAAACGAAGCGAAAUGAGAUUUCCGAGUUCCAAGAGUUUCAAGACUUCGCGAAGUCUUUAGAUUCUAAUCUUGCGAAUCUCAAAAUGAAAUUUUGUCCCAUCUCAAGUUUUCUUUUAUUGUACACUUCGAUUUAAUUUGCAAGUAUAACGCGUUGUCGUUUGCGAUGCCAUGAACGAAGUACUACAAUCAAAACGAUGAACAUUUAAUUGUCCUUUUUUCCUUUUUCUUUUUUCCGUUUAGCAUUUUCUCAGAGUAUAAUUGGUAGAAAUGCGGUAGAACUAUGAUGAUGAUAAUGAUGAUGAUGAAGAUGAUGGUGAAGAUGACGAUGAUGAUGAUGAUGCCGAUGACGAUGAUGGUGAUGAUGACGAUGACGACGACGAUGAUAAUGAUGAUGAUGCCGGGGAUGAUGAUGACGAUGAUGUCGAUGAUGAUGAUGGCGAUGAUGAUGCUGAUGGUGAUGAUGAUGAUGACGUUGAUGAUAAUGAUGAUGAUGAUGAUGAUGAUGAUGGUAAUGAUGAUGAUGAUGAUUAUGACGAUAAUGACGGUGUUGAUGCCCAUGAUGAUCUAGAUGAUCUAGAUGAUCAUGAUGAUGAUGUCGAUAAUGAUGAUGACAUAUAUACAUAUAUUAAGCAUUCGUCGAAAGUUAAGACGUAUCGAGGUGUUUUUUCGCAGCUUAAUUAUUUAUUGUUGGACAUAAACAUUUUCCGUGUACAGAUUUAGAUAAAUGCGGUGUUAUUAUAACGAUGUUAUGUAGUCGUGAUUAGAAUUUAAAGAUGGAAAAGAGAGAUACAGAAAUUUGAAGAUUUUUCAAGUAAUAUAAUAUACGCAUCUGUUGAUUAUAUUAGACUCAUUCUGUAUAUUCGAUCGUUGCUCAUUUUCGAAGCUUUAACCGUCCUUAAUGGGAAGAAAUGUUUCUUUUUUUCUUAAAUGUAAUAGUUACCCGCUACUUGCGUACUAAUCUUUAAUUAGCCUAAAUUGUUUAAUUUAGAGAACGUUAUAUGGUAAGGUGAUCGUAUCCUUACAUUAAAUGGAAAGGUUCGAGCGAGAGAAGUAAGAUGAAGAUAUAGAAGGGAUACCGAGGACUCUUUUUCAUUUCCUUUAAGAUCAUUAGAAUUUUAUGUAUACAAACUCUAUCACAACCAAAGUACCAGUUUUUAAUAACAAAGUAUGUGUUGAAGAUAAAUUAAAUUACCGUUAUUAGAUAUUAAUUCGAUUUCUGCUGUUUAAACAUUAAUAUCAAUAAUAUUUUAUAUCGAUAUAUUAAUAUUAAGUCUUAAUUUUAUAAAGAUAUAUGUAUUAGCUUUAUAUCAAUUUUAUAUUUUCGUAUUAAUUUCAUAUAUUAAGUUUCUAUUUACUUUUCGUGCUAAUUUCGCACGAGAGUAUUUUCAAUGAUUUAUAUUUUUAAACAAAUAUCUACUUUUAUUUUAUAUUUACUAUGUAUUAUGGUAGUAUUAUAUUUUAAUCUGCUUAGGAGGAUAUAUAUAUAUAUAUAUAUAUAUAUAUAUAUAUAUAUGUAUGUAUGUAUGUAUAUAUGUAUGUAUGUAUAUAUAUAUAUAUAUAUAUAUAUAUAUGUAUACCUGCUAAAAAACGUGAGAUAUGAUCACCCUAUAUUUUAGAUGAAUUACCGGAGGAGGGUAUGCAUAUGUGAAAGGAGAAAGAGUGGUAAAGCAUAACGGGAAUAAAAUUCUCGAACGUUUUGUUGAGUUUUCUAGGGAUACGUGUUUAGAAGACUGAGAAUAGAAAAAGGAAGAAGAAGGAACAAAGUGUGUAAAGUUUAUAUUAUGUAGUACGUGCCAUAUAAUUGCAACGCUAAUUGAAAACGUGACGCACCAAAGUGAUUCCAAGUUAUUGCAUAUCUGGAUAAUAUAUGCAAUAGUUAAUAAUCUUGUGCCCACGGACUUUAAUUGAAGCUCAUUUUACUCGAAGCAAUAUGUUGUGCUUCGCGUUUCUGUCUUUUAUAAUUAAAUGAACCAUUUUAUUACGCUGUGAUUACGCCGCUAUCACAAAAAUUGUUGUGAACGACACAGAGAAAACAUUCCAUUACCACAUACUAUACGUUUCUUUAUAGGUUGACGAUUCAAGUUCGAAAAAGAAACACAAUUUUUUAACGUAGGAAGCCGAAUUGAAAUGUUUUUCACAGCUCGCGUUUCUCGCAAACGACUAUCGAUAAAUGUAGUAUUAUAAUCAUUAGCGUUCUACUAUUACCAUUAUUUUAGUCAAUGCCACUUUGCAUCUAUUAUGUCCUUAAUAUCCAAUUAAACAGUUUCUUCCAUUCGAUCGAUUUUGGAUUAUAUCGUAAGCUCGAUUCACAAUACGAAUUUUAUACCAUUUUUAUAUAAAUCGAAUAAUCUGGCCAGGAGUGUUAAACAAGGUCAGAUAUGUUUACGAAUGUUAUACGGUUACACGCGCUGUUUAAUCUUCAUCUCCGCGUAACUUCUUUCCGAGAUAGCGUGUGAAUAAUAAUGUAAAAUAAAGAAACGGUCGCCGCCACGGGUUCAAACUAUGAUUAAGCCCAUAUUCGUUUAAUAGACAUACGUGUUUGAAAAACGAACAUGUUUGACUCCUCUGACCGGCGGUAAAAUGAACUGUUUACCAGCGAAAUUUUCUUAAUAAUCACGAAAUGAUCAGGGUUCUUGAAUAAGCGCAUGUGAACAAAAAUUGACACUUUCGAAUGUUCUUUAAUGCUAUCGAAUGGUUCGCGUAUGCGAGAUAGAGAUAACGAAUGAACAUAAUGGUGGUAAACAAAAGAAGAAAGACAGAAGUAGAAGAAAUGGCAAGAAAGCGACAAACAGUGGAAGAGAAAAGAAAGAGAGAAGAAGAAAUAUUCAGUAUUUUGUCAAAAAUUCAUAUUACCAGUGUAAUAAAAGACUUUGAUAUAUUGUUAGAAUGCGUUGUAGGUAUUACGGAAUGAAUUUAAAUAUGAAUAUACACGACAUACAAGCAUACGCAUCUAUAAACGUGUGUAUGUAUGUGUAUAAGAGAUAAUUAAGAUCUUAUAAUUUUAAAUGACUUUUAAUAUAGGUUUACUUGUGUAAAAUAAGAAAAAAAAAUAAUUGUGCUCAAUAAAUUUCAAUAAAUAACGA